CCCGCUGCCUGUUGGUCGGAUAUUGAUGACGAGGCAAAACAAACAUGGCGACUGGAGGAGCACCUUAUGGCAGUCAAGCAGUUACUCAGCAACCAGGUCAACAGACAUGGAUGCCUGCACCAACUGCCCCUGUUGGUUGUCCUCCUGGUUUGGAGUACUUGACAAUGAUUGAUCAGUUACUGGUUCAACAACAAGUAGAACUUGCAGAAAUUUUCACAGGAUGUGAAUUUAAAAAUAAAUAUCGAAUCUGCAACUCUCUAAAUCAGCAAGUGUAUUUUGCUACUGAAGAAACUGACUGCUGCACAAGACAGUGCUGUGGCCCAGGCAGGCCAUUUGAUAUGUCAAUAGUUGAUAACUAUUCAAGGGAAAUCAUCCAUUUGUCAAGACCAUUGAGAUGUCAGUCCUGCUGCUUUCCAUGUUGUUUGCAGAUGCUGGAGGUACAGUCACCAGUAGGGACAGUCAUUGGAACCGUAGAACAAGAAUGGACUUUGUGGAAGCCUCAWUUUUCCAUCAAAGAUGCAAGCGGUGAAACAGUGUUGACAAUUGAAGGGCCAUGCUGUCCCUGUGCUUGCUUUGGUGAUGUCUUGUUUGAGGUCAAGUCUGCUGAUAGGUCUGUUAAAGUUGGGCAAAUUACCAAGCAAUGGACUGGACUUGUCAAAGAAAUGUUCACUGAUACAGAUAAUUUUGGCAUUUCAUUUCCAAUGGAUUUGGAUGUCAAAGUCAAAGCCACAUUGUUAGGAGCAUGUUUCCUAGUUGACUUCAUGUUCUUUGAACACAACCAAAACUAGACUAACAGUUAUAACUGAUGUCUUGUCGUAGAGGACUGCACCAGUGUUGAAAAUAUCAUUUAUAUUCCUAAGAUCUAAAAGAUUGAGAACUGCACAAUAUUUCAUCACAUAAUAGCAUCCAACUUGCUAAAUAAUUGUUUUGUGUGUGGAAAAUAUACAUUUUUGCAUAUACAUUAAUUUUAAAUAUAGUUUUUCAAAUCACUAUUACAUUUUAUAUGAUGUAAUUAAAGCUAAAAGUUUACAUGCUGAACAUAUAUUAUUCAUUCAUGUKUUUAUAAAGAGGACCUUUGCACUUUGCAUCAAUGAAAGAUA